AUGCUAACUUCCAGUCUAGAAGAUCCAGCUCCAGAUGCCGGCCCAUUAGUUGAGGAAGAGCUGGCGCCUCCUGCAACACUGGCGGUUGCCAAUCCUGAGUCGUCCCAAACGCUGGACGAUCCCGUGGCUGCUGGCCCAUCAUCCAUCUUGGCGCCAUCCUGUGUCGCCCAUGACCAGGAACUGCAAGUGCUGAAGAUGGAAGUCACUGUGCUUCAUGCAACCGUCGAGGCUCUGAUGGGUCAAGUGGUGGCAGGCGACCAGCUGCUACAAGCUGCAUACAUGUGCUUGGAUGCGCAAGAUAACCGCACCGAUCUGCUCGCCGGCAAGAUCACCGACAUUCACUGCCUUGUCGAUCCGCCUUCCUCGGUGACCCCCACAGAUAUCGCUGCUGAUGAGUGUCCUGACUUGGCUGCUGGUCCAGCCCAAGAGAUGGAGGAUUCGGCUUGCUUGCCAGUCACCAUAAAGACUCCUGAGGUGGAGGACUCUAAUGUUUCUGGUGAGCCGGUGUAG